AUGUCUAUCUCCAUAAAUAUUUCAGGGAAAAUUUUUUCGGAUGGUAUAAAGCUGGGAAACAAUAAUGAGGUAGUGUCUGUGGAUAGCACUCGUUUUCCUUCUUUAGCCAACGUGUCAAAGGGCAUGGUUGUGCGCUCGAUCAACGGUGUAGCUGUGUCCAUGGCUCGAGAUGAGCAGAAGCGCCACUGUGACUCCUCUGCCCCCUUGGCGGUUGGAUUCACGACUCCCGCAAAAGAUGAGUUUGAUCUUUCCUCUGAUGAGGAUGUCGUUAAUGAGAGGUUUCAGCCGGCGACAUCUUUACCACCACUACCGCCUGAGUACAACAACACUUAUGCGAAAAAUAGUGCCGAAGUAGUUCUGGAAGCUGCCAAAAAGUGUUCUGGUGGUCGUUGUGUUAUCAUUAUGCUAGAAGGUGCUAAUCCAACUCUUCCGAUUACUCUAGCUGCGGUGCAUGCACAAAUCGAUGUUAUGUACAUUGACACCGUUGCUCGCAUGAAGACACGCCAGCGGAUGGAGGAGGCCGGCAACGUAAUUAAGAAAUCACUAGAGAAAGGCCUGUGGAUUUACGUUGAGCAGGCGACUAAGUCAAUUUCGUUGCUCCAAAAGUUGGAGGAAUGUCUCAAGGAAUUAGAGGCGCAGAAAAAGAUCCAUCCGAAAUCUUGUGUCUUUUUGAUGUGUGAGCCCCACCCGCAUUUCCCCGAGGCAUUGUUAAAGAAAUCCGUGACACUGCGAUGUUGCCUGCAAAGCGAAAACAUUGCCGAGGUUAACCUUAAAGAAGAUGUUAUGGAGAGCAAGAAGCGUCUCAAGCUGAUCCACGGGGAAGACUCAGUAACAGACGACAAUGCAAAGGCACAGGCACCACAGUCGUAUCCACAAGAUCUUCCCGAGGUGAAGACUGCUAAGAAGAAGGUAAGAAUAUCCAGCGAGGUCAACAUCAUAAGUCUGGAAAAGAGUACCUUUCUAGAGAUGAGUGCAAGUCCCCACAUGGCAUUGAACCGUAGUGCUGCUACUAGAGAGGGGCUCAACCUUGUUGCCAAGUAUACCUUCGGCUCGAAUGAGAAGUUUAUUUCUUUAUGUAAAGUACAAAAUCAUCGCUUUGCAGUCGGUACCGGCAGCGGUUACGUCGUGUUGCUUGAUGGCGACGGCCUACCACUCAUUCAGUUUAGACCACGAAAGGCUUGUGUGUGGGACAUCAGCUUCGCCACGCAGUUUGAUUUUGCAACUGCAUGUGAUGAUGGUACAAGCACGAUUUUCAACUACUCUUUGGUGGGGCAUGAACUCAUGGCAACCUCUGUGGCAUCUUUUCAGAGCGAUGUCUUCGCUGUCACGUACGCAAAAGAGAAUGACGUAAAUAGUCCAGUUCUGUCUGGUGGAUUGAGCGCCACCAUUUGUGUGUUGCACUCAGAUAGGCAGAACAGUUCCUUUAUCACUUCAGGCACGUCUAUUCAAGCUAUGUGCGCCACACGUCAGGGGCAUGUUAUCGUUGGUGGUGGUAACGGCGUAUGCUCUCUCAUUGACCCCACCUAUUGCUUCAUACUUGAAUUCAUCAACAAGCAUAGCAAAAAGGUUCCAGCAGUUUCGAGCUUCGAAGAUGUCGCGAUCACUGGUGGGUUCGAUCGUGUAAUGCGAAUGUGGGACAUCCGAAACAGCUUCCGACAGAUUUACGAAACCAUUCUUCCCGGCGUUGUGACCGCGGUGGCCGUUAAUCAGAAGUACGCGGCUGUGUGCAGCGGCCCUGAUUUAUUUGUAUGGGAUAUGCGUCAGUUGGCUUCACCGCUGUCGGUGAAAAAAAAUGCGUGGAAGGACUUGACUCGAGGAUUGGUAAUUGACGAUAGCGUAGUCGUUACUGCUUCUGUAGAUGGUGUGACUCGAUUCUGGGAAAUUCACUAA